AUGGUUGUCCCGGUAAUCGACUUCUCCAAGCUCGACGGCGCCGAGAGGGCGGAGACCAUGGCGCAGAUCGCCGACGGCUGCGAGAACUGGGGCUUCUUCCAGCUGGUGAACCACGGCAUCCCGCUGGAGCUACUUGACUGCGUCAAGAAGGUGUGCUCCGAGAGCUACCGCCUCCGGGAGGCGGCGUUCCGGUCGUCCGAGCCCGUGCAGACGCUGGAGAGGCUGGUGGAGGCGGAGCGGCGCGGCGAGGCGGUGGCGCCCGUGGACGACAUGGACUGGGAGGACAUCUUCUACCUCCACGACGACAACCAGUGGCCCUCCGACCCGCCGGCCUUCAAGGAGACCAUGCGGGAGUACCGCGCCGAGCUCAAGAAGCUCGCGGAGCGGGUCAUGGAGGCCAUGGACGAGAACCUCGGCCUGGACAAGGGCCGCAUGAAGGCCGCCUUCACCGGCGACGGCCUCCUCGCGCCGUUCUUUGGCACCAAGGUCAGCCACUACCCGCCGUGCCCGCGCCCGGACCUCAUCACCGGGCUCCGCGCGCACACCGACGCCGGCGGCGUCAUCCUGCUGUUCCAGGACGACAAGGUGGGCGGCCUCGAGGUGCUCAAGGACGGCGAGUGGCUGGACGUGCAGCCGCUCCCCGACGCCAUCGUCGUCAACACCGGCGACCAGGUGGAGGUGCUCAGCAACGGCCGCUACCGCAGCGCGUGGCACCGCGUCCUGCCCAUGCGCAACGGCAACCGCCGCUCCAUCGCGUCCUUCUACAACCCGGCGUUCGAGGCGGCCAUCUCGCCGGCGGUGGGGGAAGGCGCCGCCGCCGCGUACCCGGACUACGUGUUCGGGGAUUACAUGGAUGUGUACAACAAGCAGAAGUUCGAUGCCAAGGAGCCAAGGUUCGAGGCCGUCAAGGCGCCAAAGGUAUCUGUUUUUUUUUGUUAA